AUGGUGAGGUCACAUCUGUUGGGCGGCCUUUUGCUGCUGUCCUUGGCUUCCUUGGACCUGAAGCGCUCCGAGACCUUCCUGACGUGGCCAAUGCGCGGCAAAGCUGUGGGCUUCGAGUCCGGUUUUCACAGGGCCUCCGGAAUGGCACGACGGGUCGAGCCCAAAGCCACGAAUUCAGUGGUCGACAUCUUCGGGCGUGAGGUGGGGGACCAAGGUCAAGAGGAUGGCUCCCACGAAGGUCAGGGGCGGAAGCACUUCGUGGUGAAGGUCUACUGCAUGUACUCCAGCCAAGACCCUUCGCAUCCAUGGACCAACAAGCAGCAAGAGGACCGGAUGGGCUCGGGCUGCGUGAUUCUACACGAGGGGAAGAUGUGCUUGCUCACCAACGCCCACGUGGUGGCUGACGCGUCGUACGUGGAGGUCCGAAAGGCCGGAAAUGCCAAGAAGUUCUCAGCCUCACGCUUGAAGAUUGCCCAUGAGUGCGACCUGGCGCUCUUGAGCUUGGAAGACGAUGGCUUCUGGGCCGACGUGAGUCCUUUGGACUUUGGACCGAUGCCGUCCCUGCAGGACGAGGUCUCCGUCGUGGGUUACCCCACGGGCGGCGAUGGCGUCUCGGUGACCGAGGGCGUCGUGUCCCGCAUUGAGAUCCAGACUUACGAGCAUUCUGGCGUGGAUCUCCUAGCGGUACAAAUUGAUGCUGCUGUGAACCCGGGCAACUCUGGAGGGCCUGUGCUCAACGAGGACUCCUUGCUCAUCGGGGUUGCCUUCCAGAACCAGCAGAAUUCGCAAAAUAUCGGCUAUGUGAUCCCUGUGCCCGUCAUCGAGCAUUUCUUGAAGGACACGGAUCCCCAGGACCCCAGCCGAUCUCAAGGAUUUUGCUCCUUGGGGAUCUUCUACCAGGGCCUGGAGAACGAUCAACUGCGAGAGUCCUUGGCCUUGGAACAUCGUACUGGGGUCUAUGUGCGUGGUUUGCUUCCCUUGUCGCCCGCACAAGGGCUGGUCUUCCCUGGCGAUGUGCUUCUGGAGCUUGAGAAUCGCAGCAUUUCCAACGAUGGCACCUUUUACGUCGGCUUCCAGGAACGGCUUAGCUUCGUGUACCUGAUCCAGCUGAAGUUCCCUGGGCAGAAGGUCAGCGUCAAGCUCUGGCGGCCCGGAACGGGUGAGCUGAGUCUACAGGUACCAGUCUUUCCUCUACAGCCCCUGGUGCCGAUUACGGUCCAGGAUUCUCUGCAGCCCUGGUUCCUCUACGGCGGCAUGCUCUUCGUGGUGCUCACAGUGUCAUAUCUACAAGAGUGGGGCUCCAAGUGGCUGCACGAUGCGCCGGUGGAUCUGGUCAUGUUGCAAAAGGAAGGAUUGAAGAAGGACCCCGAGGAGCAGAUUGUGAUUUUAAGCAAGUGCUACCCUUCCAGACGCACCGCGGGCUACUCCCUGCUGAACGAGCGGCGCGUCGUCUCGGUGAACGAGCGCGCGGUGCGGAACCUGCGCGAGAUGUACGGCUGGAUCCAGUCCUGUGUGGGCAGCGACAUGCGAGCGGCCGUCGCCACCGAGACCGCCGAGGAGGUGAACCAGGACGUGAUGCGGGUGUAUCGUAUCCCUGCGGAUGCCUCCCUCGAUUUGCGUGAGGGCUCAACGUGA